AUGUUCGGCUUCAGCACACCUCAGGUGCCUUCUAGCGCUCUACCUCCAUUGCCUAAAGAUGACAAGAAUAUAACGGGAAAGUUCGAUCCUACAGCACUGGAGCGUGGAGCGAAGGCUUUGAAGAUGUUGGACUCUUCUCCCAAUGCUAACAAGGCUUUCGAACUAACUAAACUACAGGAAUUGACGCGUCAGCAGGAGAUUCAGAAGGAGAUCCAGCAGAUGCAUUUACGUCAGACAGAGCUGGGUGCACAGAGAGCGCGGGUAGAGAGCGACGAGAAGCGCAAAUUGAUGGCCCAACAGCAAGAGCAAGACCGAAUAACCGCGCAAUACAAGGCCAAACUGGAAGCUGAAGCUUACCAAAAAAAGUUGCAGGAUCAACGUAGACAGAAUGAGGAAUGGUUGCAACAACAGCACCAGCAAUUUCUACGUCAGGAGGAGGCUCGUAAGAAAACGGAGAUGGAGAUUCUUAACAUGCGUAAGGCCCAGAUCCGUGAAGAGAAGGCCCUUGAACGCGAAAAUAUGAAAGCACGUGUUCAGGAAGAGGGUCGCGUACGAAUAGAGCAGGAGCGAAAAAAUUUUGACAUCCACGUUAAGAUGAUGAAGGAGCGCUCAGUGGAAGAGCGUAAAACGAAACUCGAGUCGCUAAACGUAACAUUUUCGUCGUUAGGCGCCGCGUUUUCGUCACUAUUGGCUGAUAAACAACGUCUUACGGCCGGGGUAACGACUCUAAGUGCUCUUGCGUUGGGAAUUUACGGGGCUAAGAAUGGAACGCGUUUAGCUGGAACUAUAUUGGAAAGACGUUUGGGUAAACCGCCUUUGGUUCGAGAGACAUCAAGAUGGACAUUAAUGGGUGGCAUAAGGAAUAUUUUUAGUACAUCAAUCUUUUCGAAGAAGCCGAAUCCAAUAAAUAGUAUAGUUCUUGACAAUACUUUGCAUCAGCGCCUUUCUUGGACAACCAAUUCACUGGUAAAUGCAAAGCAGAAUGGAACCCCGUUUCGCAACUUGCUUCUUUACGGCCCCCCUGGAACCGGCAAGACUUUGUUCGCCAAAACUGUAGCUACGAAAAGCGGUAUGGAUUACGCAAUAAUGACCGGCGGUGAUAUUGGUCCCCUUCAAGAGGAGGCAGCCAGCGAGAUUAACAAGUUGUUCAAGUGGGCAAAGAAAACCAAAAAGGGGCUUAUACUUUUCAUCGACGAGGCUGAUGCGUUUCUGCGCCAGGGGCGGUCUUCCGCCCUUGGUAUGUCCGAAAACAUGAGAAAUGCGCUUUCAGCGUUUCUUUACCAUACCGGUACAGAGAGCAAAGAGCUUUGUCUGAUACUCGCUACUAAUGAGCGUGAUAUACUAGACAAAGCGGUGAUUGACCGUAUGGAUGAGCAGUACGAGUUUGGGUUGCCCAAGCUACAGGAACGCAAACGCAUGAUCGCUUUAUUCAUGAACCAGCACGUACUUACCCCAACUAGGAAUGGUAAGAAGAUCGAGGUAGACGAGAGGAUCAAUGACGAAUUUUUCGCCCGGGUUGCUGAUCGUACAGAGGGGUUUUCAGGGCGUCAGUUGUCCAAGUUGUGUAUUGGGAUUCAAAGUGCUGUUUUCGGUUCCGGUGCGCGGAAGCUUACCCUUGAGCUUGCUGAGACAGUAGUUGAUUGGCACAUCAAGGAGCAGCGCAAAGGACUUACCAAAGCCAACGAAGAAUCGAUGCAACAGCAAUGA